AUGGCGCAUGAUGGUACAAUAACGUCGAGCUUCCAGAAUCCAGCUCCAGUGCAGCUUGGUGCUGUGCCCCCCACAGGAAAAGCCCAUCGCCCUAUGGGGGCUCGGGUGUCAGAAGAACGUCAACAAAGCCUCCCAGAUGAAGCAUAUGAAAGGCUAGUUUUUACUGAUCCUGUGAUUUUCAAGUCUCUUGAGGAAGAUCCAUCGACUAUUCUAGCAGAAAAGCGCUGCGCUCUGGUUGGAUUCGAAAUCUAUAUCGUCGAACAGUGGGCGUGCUCAAGAGCCCAUCCGACAUUUGUUAUCAAUACCUACACCGGUGACACCUCUCACUCUGCGAUUGCUAGUGUCCUUAAAGUUCCUAAAGAUGAACAGUUCUGGUCUCCAAAAUUGAAAAUUUACUUCGAAGCUAUCGCCAAAUGCUACUCCAGAAGGCGAGAGACACCACUAGGAAUAUUGAUGGUCACAAACCUUAGCAGUUUUCCUUCUUCAUUGACUGUUAUAGAUGUUCCAGAAGGGGACGUAAGGAAAUAUCGCGAGGAAUUUGUCGUGAAUGAAGACCUAAAACGCCUUGGCUGCUCUGGUAGGGCUGGUUUGAAUUUGAAGCCACCAGCUCCUGCGACAGAAGCAAAAUUCUAUCAACUCUACCGAAUAACCGAAAGAGUACCUCUUUUUAAUGCUGUGAUAAAUCUGGUUAAACUAUGUCAACUGUCGUUGAAUGUAUUCGGUAAGCUGGCAUUAGAGUACGUCGAUGGCCUGCUUUGUGAUGAGACAGAACGAGCAAUCAAUGACUGGUGGGCGGAUAUCGGAACAGAACUUUACAAUGUUGAACCGAGCGAUGGGAUACUUGGGCCGACAACUGUCGCAGCGUUACUGGGAACUUUGAUUGGCGCAAGAAACCGCCUUCAUGCAUGGGGAGCACCAGUCGCCAAGGAUCCCUUUGACAUCGAGGGUUUGAAAAGGGGAAUUGGGAGCUUUCAAAGGUCACAGAAGCUCGAAAAAACAAGGAGACUGGAUAGAAAAACGGUGGACAAGCUUCACCGAGUGACGGCUAAAGCUGCUAGUGGUGAAGGCUGGGCGGUUCCGAGAGCAGUAAAGUCUACAGUCGCAGAGUUGGGCGGAAAGGGAGGCGAGAUGGUUAUGGAAAUUGUUGGGGGCCGCGAUAGAGCGGGUAUUUCUGAGGUCGAAACCCUUGAUAUCGAUCGCUUUGUUCAGUUGGCCAGUGGCGAAAGAACCAAAUGGCUCUGGCAUGGAAAGCCAGGGAAAUCUCAAAUUGACCCAUUUCGAUAUGACGCUGGAGACGAUGAUAUAGGGUUUCCUAAAGACGUCUGGAUUGGUAAACGAAAGGACACCGGCAGCGGGCUUACAUCAGGGCGCCCUUCCCUCGAGACAGAACAGCCUUGGAAGCAUUUAGAAACCGCGCCAACAAUAGCCGAUAAUAGGGAACAACAGGUGAAGCAUUCUUUGAAGAAGUCAGUCAGUGUUAGAGUAUCAGAUGCGCGUGCAGGCCUUGGCCGAUUCAGAGAUGCCGUUGGGCUUCCUGCGCUCCGCUCUCAUCAUCGCAAGUCGUCCGAGGAUACCUUUGACGCCGAGGGUGAUUUACCUAGCCAGCAAACUUCAGAUUCGGAACGGCUGCGCCACGGAACGAAAACCAAAGUAGAAGGUACACAAUUGACGAUACAGGAAGCAUCGGAUUCUGGAAAUUCAGGAGUGGAAAGAGAAGCACCUGAGAUACUGCCGAAUCACCUAAUAAAUAUUCCAACUACUGAAUCCAGCCGCACCCAGGCUGACCUACAACAUCAAUCUUCGGCACCUAGUGAAAAAUCACAGGGUGCAUCUGUGCCAAGAGAAACGAGUAUCGAGGCCCAAAUGCCUCCCAGCGUGCCUGAUGUUGCUACUACGAAAUCAGACGGUAGCAACGAGCUGGUUGCAGUCACUCGUAUUCUCCGCCGGCCUCAGAGUUUUUCUUUUUUUCCUCCGGACACUCCAGCAUCGCAACGAUCCUCCCAGUCUUUGCGCCAUAUGUCUUUCAGCGCAAUUGAAGAGCCAAUGCUUUGCUGGAGUGACGUGGGCUUUUUGGAAUCUGCAGAUAUGAACUCAUCUGUGGUAAAUAAUAUAUUGUAUGAGGACCUGAAGACUGAGGAUGCGAGAACACUUUCAACUGGUAUUUUCGGCCUAGACACGAAUACAAGCGCCUGGGUAGAAGAAAAGGUCGAGGCUGUGGAAGCUGUUGAGAGCAAAGCACAGUCCCGUCUGAGCGAGCUAGAGUCAGUAUACCAAAGCAAAGAGUCAGAGAAGGAAGCGAUCCAAACGAGUUCCGCUGAUAUAAUAUCGAAAAACAGUGAGGAUUUGCUAGAGCGAUCUAAAAAACUGGAAACACUGGGAGCGAAACUAGAUUAUGAGGUGAAUGCUCUACAAUCAAGAGUUGAGGAGGUAGAAAAUGCCCUGGUUGACUACGAGCAUCAUGUUAACAGGCUUGAGAACCGAAUGCGGGAGUUAUCCGUAGAAGCAAAAAAGUCCAGUACUUGGGUAGAAUGGUGCCAGAGGUGUUUAAGUCGUCGUCCUUGGUGA